CUGCAGGAUUAUUGUGCUAUUUGUGAGAUCCAUGAAGACAAUAACGUCUUCCGUCUCCUAGUCAACUCCCUCAGUCCCACCAUAUACGGCCGUGAGAUGGUGAAGGCUGGACUGGUUCUUGGUCUGUUUGGUGGAACGCAGAAAUACGCAGACAGUCAGAACAACAUCCCGAUCCGAGGUGACCCUCAUAUUCUUAUCGUGGGAGACCCGGGCCUUGGAAAGAGUCAGAUGCUCCAGUCUGCAGCUACCCUGGCUCCAAGAGGGGUGUACGUGUGCGGCAGUACCACGAGUACAGCAGGACUGACGGUCGCUCUUUCCAAGGAGGCGGGAGGCGGAGAUUUCGCACUCGAGGCCGGAGCCCUCGUUCUGUCCGAUCAAGGGUGUUGUUGUAUUGACGAGUUUGACAAGAUGGGAGGUCAACAUCAUGCUCUACUUGAGGCCAUGGAUCAGCAGAGUGUGGGUCUGGCAAAGGGAGGGGUGGUCUGCAGUCUGCCCGCAAGGACCUCCAUUCUCGCCGCAGCCAACCCUACAGGAGGCCACUACAACAAGGCCAAGACCGUCUCAGAGAAUCUAAAGAUGAGCUCUGCCUUGCUCUCAAGAUUUGAUUUGGUCUUUAUUCUACUGGAUAAACCAGAUGAGGAGACGGACUCUAUCCUCUCUGAACAUGUCAUGGCUCUCCACUCGGGAGCUAACUCCAGCCGCGGACAGAAGGAUUCAGCGGCUGGGUCGUCGUGGAGGGAAACCCCCCAAUCUGUACUCCAAUUGGACGACGGCGGCGAUGAAAGAACUCUCGUCGAAGAUCUGAAACUGACUCGCGGGUCUGACUUCGACCCCAUUCCAGCUCCACUCUUCAGAAACAGGUGUGUAUUUUUGCAGAAGUUUUACAAAGAUCUGCGUCGCUCGAGACACGGUGCAGUCAGCAGUCCAGUCACCACGCGGCAGCUGGAGAGCCUCAUACGUCUCACGGAGGCUAGGGCCAGACUAGAACUGAGAGAAGAGGCGACUGAGCAAGACGCCAGAAAUGUCGUGGAGAUCAUGAAAUUCAGUAUGUAUGACAUGUUUACUGACGAGUUUGGGAUGGUUGACUUCCAGCGGUCCAAGAACGGAUCCGGAAUGAGCCAGCGCUCACAGGCAAAGAGACUGGUUUGUGCACUGACGCGAGCGGCUGACCAAACUUCUAACGCCAUAUUCACCGUUCAGCAGAUAAAGGACAUUGCAAGAGAGAUUGGCAUUAGAGUGGAGAAUGUGAGCGACCUGAUAUUUACUCUCAAUAAGGAGAGUUACAUUCUGAAGAAAGGCCCACGAACCUACCAACUGCAAACUGAAGAUUAAACCAUUACGUCAUGUCUAUAAUUCAAAAUUAAAAUAAGACCAGGCAACUUGAUCAACACUUUCAU